CUCCCACAGCGAUCGGGAGCCUUCUCCGCCUGACGCAGGGCUGCAGGGAGCUGUCUAGCCCAGUCACCACUUGCGCGGCACCUGCUGAGGCGAUCAAGACGAGAUGGCGACCCUCUACCAGCCCCCCGAGCAUGUCGUGAAGGGCGCCCAUGUGGACUCCCUGGCCAAGUACAAGGACAUGUAUGAGCGCAGCCUGAAGGACCCUGAGGGCUUCUGGGGCGACUUUGCCAGCCAGUUCCACUGGAACAAGAAGUGGGACAGCGGCGAGAACUUCCACAAGUACAACUUCGACCUCAACAAGGGCGGCAUCUUCCUCUCCUGGUUCAACGGCGCCGAAACCAAUGUGUGCUACAACUGCGUGGACCGCCACGUCAAGGACGGCAACGGCGACCGCGUGUGCUUCUACUGGGAGGGCAACGACGUGGACCAGCAGACCACCACCACCUACAAGCAGCUGCACGACCAAGUGUGCCAGAUUGCCAACUACAUGAAGAGCAAGGGUGUGGGCAAGGGCGACAACAUCACCAUCUACAUGCCUAUGGUCCCGGAGCUGCCUGCCACCAUGCUGGCGUGCGCGCGCCUGGGAGCCGUCUUCUCUGUCGUCUUUGCCGGCUUCUCGGCCGAAUCGCUGGCGGGGCGCAUCUCCGACUCCUCCCCCAAGAUGGUGGUCACCUGCUCCGCCGUCAAGCGCGGGCCCAAGCACAUCGAGCUGAAGAAGAUUGUGGACGAGAUCCUGGACAACGAGGAGGAGGUGCACGUGCCCACGGUGCUCAUCUACGACCACAAGGCGUCGGGCGUGUCGCGGGAGGCCAUCCACGCCAGCCUGGUGGAGGGGCGCGACGUGUGGUGGCAGGACGUGAUCCCCGACCAGCCCACGGAGUGCGAGGUGGAGUGGGUGGGCGCAGAGGACCCGCUGUUCAAGCUCUACACCUCUGGCAGCACCGGCAAGCCCAAGGGCGUGCUGCACACGUCGGCGGGGUACAUGUGCGGCGCCGCCGCCACCUUCAACUAUGUCUUUGACUACAAGCCCGACGACAUCUUCUGGUGCACCGCAGACUGCGGCUGGAUCACGGGCCACAGCUACGUGACCUUUGGCCCUCUGCUGAUGGGCGCCAAGCAAAUUCUGUUUGAGGGCGUGCCCACCUACCCCGAUGCCGGCCGCUGCUGGGAGGUCUGCGACAAGUAUGGGGUGACCCUGUUCUACACGGCGCCCACCGCCAUCCGCACCCUCAUGGCCUGCGGCAACCAGCACGUCACCAAGCACAAGCGCACCAGCCUGCGCAUCCUGGGCACGGUGGGUGAGCCCAUCAACCCAGAGGCCUGGCGCUGGUAUUACGAGGUGGUCGGCAACAGCAAUGUGGCCAUUGUGGACACCUGGUGGCAGACGGAGACGGGCGCGCACAUGAUCACGCCGCUGCCGGGCGCCACCCCCAUGAAGCCCGGCUCCGCUACGCUUCCCUUCUUCGGCGUGGAGCCCGCCAUCCUGGAUGACAAGGGCAACGAGGUGGAGGGGCCCGGCCAGGGCUACCUGGUCAUCAAGCGCCCCUGGCCCUCCAUGAUGCGCACCGUGGCGGGGGACCACGCCCGCUUCGAGCAGACCUACUUCUCCCACUACAAGGGGUACUACUUCACCGGGGACGGCGCGCGCCGCGACGAGGACGGCUACUACUGGAUCCUGGGCCGCGUGGACGACGUGAUCAACGUGAGCGGGCACCGCAUCGGCACGGCGGAGGUGGAAAGCGCGCUGGUGGGACACCACCUGUGCGCCGAGGCGGCCGUGGUGCCCGUCGACCACCCCAUCAAGGGCCAGGCCAUCUACGCCUUUGUCACCCUCAUGAACGGCAACGAGUACCCGCCUGACGAGUCGGUCCGCAAGGAGCUGGUGGCGCAGGUGCGCAAGGCCAUUGGCCCCAUCGCCACGCCCGACGUCAUCCACUGGGCCCCGGGCCUGCCCAAGACACGCAGCGGCAAGAUCAUGCGGCGUGUGCUGCGCAAGAUUGCCAGCAAGGAGGAAGACCAGCUGGGCGACACCUCCACCCUGGCAGACCCGGGCGUGGUGCAGGUGCUGCUGGAGCUGCGCGGCAAGUGAGGCGUGGCAGGCCAGCCAGCCGGCCCGGCACGCGCCCUACGCGCCGCCGCAAAUGCACACGCUCAACGACCCCGAUGGAUGCCCCCUUGAAACCCUGAAAACUAACGAUCUACCUGCUACACAGCCCCCGCCCUGCUUUGUCUCGCUCCACGUCUCUGCUCCCAAGUUGAUACACUACUUCCGCUCUCCGCUGCCACGCCCGUUGGGGCGGUUUUCGACUGCCGCGCCCCAAAAGCAUUUUGUGUUCCCGCCGUGUUGUCCUCGUGGUGAGGCCCAGUCCUUUGUUGUCACAGUACACUCACGGAACAUUGAUCGACUGUUGUAAAGCAAGCAACUCGAG